AAGAAGAGCGUGGAGACGUACAAGAUCUACAUCUUCAAGGUGCUGAAGCAGGUGCACCCCGACAUCGGCAUCUCCUCCAAGGCCAUGUCCAUCAUGAACUCCUUCAUCAACGACAUCUUCGAGAAGCUCGCCGCCGAGGCCGCCAAGCUCGCCCGCUACAACAAGAAGCCCACCAUCACCUCCCGGGAGAUCCAGACCUCCGUCCGCCUCGUCCUCCCCGGGGAGCUCGCCAAGCACGCCGUCUCCGAGGGCACCAAGGCCGUCACCAAGUUCACCUCCUCCUAGAUUGCAUCUGCAUUGCUUGUAUCUAUCUAUCUAUCUAUCUAGUAGCGACUGUAGCUGGUUCUGUUACUUCAGUGCUUAUCGACUCUGGUUAUCUGGAACUACAAAUGCUGUUAGUGCUGAAUGGGGAAUUGAUUGAUGGAUGAUUGCCAAUGCUCUGUUGCCUCUUUGGCUGUAACAACUGAAUUUGUGCUUCUUUUGGUGAAUUGAUAUUUUGAAAGCAGGGAUUCAUUUCA